AUGAUUCGGACCAGGUUCGAUGAAGAAGAGCUUGAAGAUGCUCUACGUGAAGCGAUCGAUGAGCAACUCAAGGCAGAGAUCAGCAGGACCAAUGUUUCCAGCAAAUCGGAGGUCCCACUACGGAAUGAGAAUCCAGAUGCCGCACAGACGUAUGUGAUUCUCCUUUGCAGAAGACUGUUGCUAACGAUGUGCAGCAUUGUUGUCGCGUGGGGUGGAAGCCAACUGCAAGAUAGUUGCCUCUUUCGAAGCUAUGAUCAUCCACCUCCGGCACCAAAUUUACCGGAUGAGGAGCGUUAUGGACAUCUCAAGCCGUACAGCGCAUCACCUGCACCAAUAUGGGCAGUCGCCCGAGCAACGAGUGCUGCUCCAACGUACUUCAAGCGGAUAAAGAUCGGGGAUGGAGAGUUCUGGGAUGGAGCAGUUGGCGAAGGUUGUAAUAAUCCCGUGAGACUGGCUUAUCACGAAACGAAGCAGAUGCACCGCUAUGAUCGCCCGGCCGUCAUACUUUCCGUGGGCACUGGGCCAAGAGAUGAUAAAAGUCAAGACAUGUCCAGGAACUCUUUCAAAGAGAUGAUUCAACUUGCGAAGCAGAAGCAAUGGAAGUCUUCGAAUGCCGAAGAGACAGAUUAUCGUUUUCGGCAUGAUAUUCUCAAUGGCGUCAACGAGGCUCUGAAGGGCGAAGAAAAAAUUGAGUAUGAGCGGCUGAAUCCAGAAGGCAUCUCAUCAGUGAAAUUAGACACUUGGCUGCCUUUGCGAAGCAGAGAGGGCAAAUCUGGAGGCGCCGACACCAAGCUCUUGAUGGAGACAGCUGUUGAAAAGUAUCUCGCGAAGAAAGACGUCAACGAGGCGCUUGACCGCACAGCAGAUUUGCUGGUCCGAAAACGGCGGAAGCGAGCAGCAGUGGAGGACUGUGGUCGUUGGGAGAGAUUCGCGAUGCACGUUUUUUAUGGCUGCCCGGACUCAGUCUGCUCAACCGAGUCUCUAUUCAAGACGAGAGACGAGCUGCGUGAGCACGCUUUCUAUCGCCAUGGCAUUGUCUGGAAAAUUGAAACCAAACAUAGCGCCAAAUGGGACGAUCGAAAAUAUGCUUGUCGAUGGGACGGCUGCGGACAGAAAUAUGUGCCGGUCUUUGAGACGGAAAUCGACUUCCGGGACCACCUGGAGAGGUUUCACAAGCUGGAGUCACCCCAAAUCAUGGAUUAUGACGAUUAUGAGCAGUGGCUAGAUGACGGUCGGGAGCAAGGCGCGAACCGGUCGAGAAGUAACUCCCGUGACUCUCAGAUAUCAACGAAGGGCCGGCAGACGCAGGGUAUCGGCUGA